AUGGCCUGCUGCCUUUCCGAGGAGGCAAGGGAGCAGAAACGUAUAAAUCAAGAAAUUGAGAAGCAGUUACAACGUGAUAAACGCAAUGCUCGGCGUGAACUCAAACUUCUAUUGCUCGGUACUGGUGAGUCAGGGAAGUCAACAUUUAUUAAACAGAUGCGAAUUAUUCAUGGAAAUGGUUAUUCCGAUGAAGACAAGCGUGCUCAUAUCCGCCUCGUGUAUCAAAAUAUUUUCAUGGCGAUCCAGGCUAUGAUUCGUGCCAUGGAUACGCUCAAUAUUCCAUAUGGCGAUCAAUCUUCUGAUUUACAAGACAAAGCGAAUGUAGUACGGGCAAUAGAUUAUGAGAAUGUGACUUCAUUCGAAGAACCAUAUGUUAGUUAUAUAGAAGAUUUAUGGAGCGAUUCCGGUAUUCAGGAGUGUUAUGACCGGCGAAGGGAAUAUCAGUUAACCGAUUCUGCUAAAUACUACCUAUCCGAUCUAAGGAGGCUAGCAGCAUCUGAUUACCUGCCAACAGAGCAGGAUAUUCUUCGUGUUCGUGUUCCUACUACUGGUAUUAUUGAAUAUCCUUUUGAUUUGGAACAAAUAAUAUUCAGAAUGGUUGAUGUAGGUGGUCAAAGGUCGGAACGAAGAAAAUGGAUACACUGUUUUGAAAAUGUAACAUCAAUCAUGUUUUUAGUAGCCCUUUCUGAAUAUGAUCAAGUGCUUGUCGAAUGUGAUAAUGAAAAUCGUAUGGAAGAAUCGAAGGCACUAUUCCGAACGAUUAUCACAUAUCCAUGGUUUACAAAUUCAUCGGUAAUCUUAUUUCUCAAUAAGAGAGAUCUCCUGGAAGAGAAAAUACUUUAUUCGCAUCUCGUUGAUUAUUUUCCGGAAUAUGAUGGUCCUUCAAGGGAUCCUAUUGCAGCGAGAGAAUUCAUUUUAAAAAUGUUUGUUGAUUUAAAUCCGGAUGCUGAUAAAAUCAUUUAUUCACAUUUCACUUGUGCUACGGAUACGGAAAAUAUACGUUUCGUAUUCGCGGCAGUGAAGGAUACAAUAUUACAGCACAAUUUAAAAGAGUAUAAUUUAGUGUGA